GGGAGACUUGACAAAAAUGCACACGGCACUUUUGGAUGGGAAACGCACGAGUUUUCGAUGUGGUCGCCUUGUGGAGAAAACUGGCGAAGCAAAAGUCAACCUCGAGCGCCGAAGAUGGUUUGGUAGUAGGCCGUUUUCUAUUCCUUUCGAUGUGUCCGACGAGGUGGAUCUCUUUGUUGUUUUGCUGCAUCGUGGCAACGGGAGUCUCCUCCAUGGUGCUUUUGUUUUCCCAAAGACGCUGCUGGUCGAGUUUGGGCAAGUGUCAGUAAAUCACGAAGGCGGUCGUUCUGGACUUGUCUUGAUGUAUCUUCCAGGCUGCCCAGAGGCGCCACGAGGCUGAACAGAGCGAGCCUUUACGCAAGCCCAGUACUAUUUCCCCCUCAAUACAAACAGUAACUCAAAUGACGAGGCAGGGCGCCGUUUCGCUUCAACACGGGACGAAACCGCGAGCUGCGUCAAUUUAGCAAAUGCAGGAGCCGCAGCUGUUUCUGCUGAAGACGACAGCGGGUAGGCUCCGGCAGAUUCUACUUGGAACCUACCAGAGCGACUAAGCAGACGAGGUGGAGGUAGGAGAUUGAAAAAUAGAUAGUGACCAUCAAAACAGGUGCAGCCAGACGAAUAAACAUUUUCAAAUUUGUGAUGCAUUCUGGUGAAAAACCGGUCUCGCAACUGUUACGCAUACGCAUGAGACCAUACUCCGUGUGUGGAUCAUGAAAUCGAUGAUCAGGG